AUGGCGAUUAACCAGCUCCACCUUUCCUUGCGUGUUCAACAGCUCGAUGUUUGCUGCGAGACCAAAACUAAGGAUAAUGUGUUUGUCACCAUUGUUGCUUCCAUUCAAUACCGUGUCUUAGCUGAGAGUGCUCAAGGUGCUUUUUACAAGCUUAGCAACACCAGGAAUCAGAUUCAAGCUUAUGUCUUUGAUGUGAUACGAGCAAGUGUUCCUAAACUGGAUCUAGACUCAACCUUUGAGCAGUAG